GCCCCGGAAGUUGGGAUCCGUCCUGUGAGUUAGGGAGAAAAGACUAAACCAGGGGAUCAUGUCUCUACGCUGCGGGGUUGCGGCCCGCAGUUUGGGGCCCCGGGUAUUUAGGAGAUAUGUAUGCAUUCCAGUCAAAUCAAUACGUUCUGUGCCAGAUGAGAAAAAGGAAUAUUUACAGAACGGACCAGAUCUUCAAGAUUUCUUAUCUGGUGACCUUGCAGACAAGAGCACCUGGAAUGAAUAUAAAGGAAACUUGAAACGCCAGAAAGGAGAAAGGUUAAGACUUCCGCCAUGGCUAAAGACAGAGAUUCCUAUUGGGAAAAAUUACAAUAAACUGAAAAAUACACUGCGGAAUUUAAAUCUCCACACAGUGUGCGAGGAGGCGCGCUGCCCUAACAUUGGCGAGUGUUGGGGAGGUGGCGAGUAUGCCACUGCCACAGCUACUAUCAUGCUGAUGGGUGACACGUGUACAAGAGGUUGCAGAUUUUGUUCUGUGAAGACGGCAAAGGCACCGCCACCUCUGGAUGCCUAUGAGCCCUACAACACUGCAGAGGCCAUUGCCACUUGGGGUCUGGAUUAUGUGGUCCUCACAUCUGUGGAUCGAGACGAUCUGCCUGAUGGAGGAGCAGAGCACUUUGCAAAGACUGUGUCGUACCUCAAAGAAAGGAACCCAAAGAUUCUUGUGGAGUGUCUCACCCCUGACUUCCGAGGAGAUCUUACAGCAGUAGGGAAAGUUGCUCUGUCAGGAUUAGAUGUCUAUGCACAUAAUGUAGAAACAGUUCCAGAGUUACAGAGGAAAGUUCGUGAUCCCCGGGCCAAUUUCGACCAGUCUCUCCGUGUCCUGAAGCAUGCCAAGGAGGUCCGGCCUGAUGUUAUUUCUAAAACAUCUAUAAUGUUGGGUUUAGGCGAGAGUGAUGAACAAGUGUAUGCAACAAUGAAAGCCCUCCGUGAGGCAGAUGUGGACUGUUUGACCCUAGGUCAGUACAUGCAGCCAACGAAACGCCACCUUAAGGUUGAAGAAUACAUUACUCCUGAAAAGUUCAAAUACUGGGAGAAAGUAGGAAAUGAACUUGGAUUUCAUUACACUGCAAGUGGCCCUCUGGUGCGCUCUUCAUACAAAGCAGGUGAAUUUUUCCUGAAAAAUCUAGUGGCUAAAAGAAAGACAAAAAGUCUCUGAUACUGAAUACAACAACCUUCUACAUCACAGAACUUCAGAACUGAUUCCAUUCGAUAACUGGGAAUUGCAGAAGGCCUCAGCUUCAGUGGACAGGCCCGUGUUUUUGUUUUUAGAAUAAUAUCAAUAUAUCAUACAUAUUUAAUGAUAAAAGUUGACUUUUAUUUUCUUUAUUCCAAUAAGCGACUGUUUGCCAUGAAGUGAUCGUAUUGUAAUGUAA